AUGGGCCAAUUUAAAGUUUAUGUGAAACUGCGGAAUGUUCAACCAUUCCGAACAACCAUGGUUCUACUUUCUGCCAACAUUGACGCUGUCGCUCCCGUACCAUGCGAGCUCAAGCUUGAAUCGGGCCGUUACAUCCGCUAUGUUGCUCCGAAAGACGCAAAUCCUCGCAAAGAAGUGCUCUGCAAUGGCACUUUCGAAGAACUUCACAUAACUCAGAGAAGAAAGAGCAGCGGAAGUGAUGGCAUUGACCAAACCAUGUGUUGGGAGGCUGUCAAUUCGCUCUGCCAAAUGCUUGAUGCUAUCGUGGAAAGCGAAAUGGAAACAGAUUUCUUUGAGGGCAAGAGCGUCCUUGAAAUUGGAUUUGCAACUGGUUUGCCUUCUGUGUAUGCGUACGAAAAUGGAGCUGCUGAGAUCACCCUUCACUGUCCAUCGAAGACAUCGUUGCAAAUGUACUGCAAACCGACUUUGAGAAGAAAUGCAAUUCCCGAAAACAAGUGCAAAUUCUCAAGCGGUGACCUCACUGAGAUGAAAAAAGCCCUCGGAGGCAAACGUUUCGAUGUCAUCCUAGCUGCUGACCUUCUAAAUCGCAGUGAAGACGAAUUUGAAAUGGUUCACGAAAUUCUUGAUGAAGCCCUCAGCCACGAUGGAAUCUGCUUGCUGUCCAGUCCAUCCCAUUACUUUACCGUGGACAGCAGUCUUGCCAGCUUCCUCGAACUUGUGAAGAGGCACAGACAAUUCGAUGUCAUCGAAAGAUGGAGUUCACCUCGCACUGAUGUUGUCCAGAGAAAGGUUGUCCAACUGACACGAUCUCUCUGUUGACCACCAGCUGUGGACGGAAGCAACUAUCUUGCACAUUGCUCGCCGUUAAACAAGCAUCUCCGGUUAUUCCAUAGCUUUCAGACAUCUAAUCUUCCCCUACGGUAGCGACAGCACUAAAAUUUAGUGUUCACCAAUUUUUUGUUCAUUUAAGUUUUCUUUUGGGUUUCUUUUUUCCCCGUACAUUUUGGUGCUGGAUCUACUGUGAACAUAGUGACCAUAGAAUUGUAUUCUGGACUGUACACAUUAGUAUCGUAGAGCGUUCGAUAUCCAGAUUUUUCUCUCCCCCUGAAAUUUCCUGACUCUCAUAAGAAAACCGUUGCGUUGUAAUGUCAUUUCUCAUUGCGCCAAUUGGCGCAGCUCACGUUUAACGGUAUAGAUCGAUUACGGUUACGGCUCUAUUAUUUGUCACCUCUCUCUCUAAGAUUUUUUUUAUAUCGCAGCGUCGACAGCUGAAGACGCGUUAUCUAAAUUUUUCUAUUUGAUUGCAUACAAGAGUUCUACGCUGUGAUUGCAUGUGUAAUAAUUUUGCGCUAUAUAUUGUUUAUGUAUAACGACAAUAAUAAAUGUGUUGUGCUAAAC